AUGAUACCUGAAGAUGAUAAUUGGGAAAAUGAUUUGUAUGUAUCUCAGAUACUGCAAGCCAAAAGCAAUACUACAGAAACUGUUGAAAAAGCAGAUAGAAUUGAGCAAAUUAAACAGACCUCACAAUCGUUACUACCUGAUGAGAAUCCAGACAUUAUUAUUGAAGAAGUGUUUGUUGAUGGAGAGUCAUUUGAGUUAGGAGUUUAUCCAAAUUCCAAAGACUGUAGAUGCUGCCCAGUAUACCACAAUGAAGUGGAAAUGAGCGAUUACUCCAAACAAGAUGUGGCGAACAUGUUGAAAGAGCUUAUGGAACAAUUUUCCGCUGUCAAAUCACAAAACGUAAUAUUAGUGGCACAAAUUGGUGAGUUCAAAGAUGAAUUCAAAACCUACAAAGGACACAUUGAAUCCAAUAUUGAAGAACUGAAGGAAGAUAAUAGAGCUUUGAGGGCAGAAAAUAAACUUCUGAAAGAGAGGGUUCAGACUGUAGAAAGAAGAAUGAAGAAAUAUAAUCUUACGAUAUAUAAUUUGCGAGGCGAUAACGUCAUUGAUUCUGUCAUCGCGCUACUGCGAGAUAACCUAGAAAUCAAUUUCAGCGAAAGAGAUUUCAGAGAUGCGUAUAGAUAA